CUAUACAACCAAAAAUACAUCGCGAACGUUCCUUUUAUUUGUAAUCUUAUAGGUGUUCUUGGAAUGUAUAUUUAAAUUGUGCUUGUUUUAGUGGUAUACUAAUUACUUUGCUUAUUUUCGCUCCGGUGAUUAGUAUCUCCUUGGUGGCAGGCUGCAUUUUACUUCUUUUUAUCACUGUUUGUAUUUUCAUGUUAUUUUAUUUAUAUAUCAUUCCUUUCGAUAAAUCCGAAUUGUGAUCCAGGAUUUUAUAUUUUAAUUGAGGAAUCUUAUUCUGAUUUAAUUGUUAUACACCUUUUCUUCGCCCAAUAUUAUUUUGGUUUUCGUAGGUCGUCUCUUUUCCUUUUGGCGCUUGAAUUUUGCUUGCUGUGUUUUCUGUAGAGGUAUAAAGUAACUGAACUCCACCACACCCCGUAUCUUUGUGAUCUUCACUCUCUCAAUAUUUAGUGAAUUGCGGUUUUUAGCAAGAUAUUGAGGUUGUUCAGUUGGUUAUAAUGUUAUAAAUUAGAGAAGUUCUUCAUCAUUGUUUUAAUGUAUUGAUCUUCCAAACCACACACUAAGGUUUUGACAUAUAAUGAGUGAUUCAGCUCACUCAGUAUUGAAAUAUCCCGGAAAUAAGUUAGCAUCUCAUGAUAAUUUAUUGUAUAAUUCAAUGGCGGAGGCUGAAGCAACUUAUGAAUACAACUCGCUAGACCAGGAGUAUGGCUCUACUUCAGACGUACCUAAUCGCAUUGACGGCGCUAAUUUAGAUAACGUAGAUUAUGCCCAUCAGGAUGGUGCCAAAGGAAUUUACGAUCAGAACUCGUUUGCGCCUACGGAGACUGGCCAAAUUUUAAAUGAACAAGCUUCUUGGCAGCCUAGUUAUCUUCAAAUGCCUGACGAGACACUCAGACAUAAUGGCGAUGUUCGUGACCAAGAUCAUAGAAUGAUGAGUUAUGGACGAACUCAACCCUAUGAAAUGCCUUCGGGGAUGGUUCCCGGUUAUGCGGCUGAUCCGGUACAUGGACCUGUCAUGCAUCAAAAGAUGAUAGAAAUGGGUCAGCAGGAUGUAAUGCCGGGCAUGCAUAUGAGUAUGGAUGUGAACGUUGUUCAGGAUCCGCCAAGAAGAAUGAUAUCCAAGGGUAGAAAAAACAAAGAUGAGGCUAAUGAGCUAGUUAGAAGGGCAAAGUUACUUCCUAAAGUUAUGGGUGUAAGGUAUGAUGCCAAUCAUCAGUAUUGGGUUGCCACUUGGUAUCAAAAUCGCAAAAGAAUGGAUAGAUAUUUCUCAGUUGGGCGCUUUGGAUUUGAAGAAGCCAGAUUGCUUGCAAUUGAUUGUAGAAAGACAGCCGGGAAAAGUCUUCAGGGUAAGAGUUACGACAGACCCUCUUAUAAUAAGGAUGGACACUCAAAAUCGAGGAAUUCAUAUGACAUUGACCAGGGAAUUGAUAAACACGGUGAUUACUAUGCCUCAGGUGAAGACGUUUCCAAAAAGAGCAAGGAUUUCAAUCGCCUUAAUGUAUCAAAGGUGGCUCUUAAUUAUAUUCUCUCCGACUUAUGCAACAACUGCUUGCCCACAAUCUUGGAGAAUAACCACAUGCCCGGGGAACUUUAUAUCCACUGCUACAACAAGAUUUCGGAUCAUCUACAACUUAUUAUAACGGCAAACCAAUCAGAGGAAAUCGAAAAGUAUCUGCAUCUAUUUCAAUUGUGUAUUCAAAAUAGGGUACUUCCAAGUGCUCUCCAGGUACAAGAGCAGCGAGCAAUGAUUACCACACUCUGUCAGAUGUGAGCUGGACCCACGUU